UUUUAUUCUCCUGGAAAGGGUGCCUUUUUUGCUUCAUUAUGUCUUACAGCUUUAUGCAGUCAUCUCAGAAAGUUAGCUCAGCCUCUUAUGGUGGUGGGGGUAACUUUGGAGAGUGUAAUGUAGGAGGAGGCCACAGCUUUGGAGGUGGUGGAUUUGGUGGUAGUGGAGGUGGUUAUGGAGGUGGUGGAGCUGGAUUUGAUUUUGGAGGUGGAGCUGGUGGUGGUGGUGGCUAUGGGGGUCAGUUUGGUGGUGGAUCCUAUGGUGGUGGCGGCGGAGCUGGUUUUGGUGGUGGUGCUAGCUUUGGUGGUGGUGGUGGUGGCUUUGGCGGCGGUGCUGGCUUUGGAGGUGGUGACAGCCUCUUAUCUGGCAAUGAAAAACAAACAAUGCAAAAUCUCAAUGACCGCUUGGCCAGCUACCUGGACAAAGUACGUGCAUUAGAGGAGGCAAAUGCUGAACUUGAGCGCAAGAUUAAGGAAUGGUAUGACAAGCAGCGUCCUGGUGGUUCCACAGGGGAAGGAGCAAAGGACUACAGCACAUAUUAUAAAACAAUUGAAGAUCUACAAGCUCAGAUCCUUAAAGCUACCAUUGACAAUGCAGCUAUAGUUCUGCAGAUUGAUAAUGCCCGUCUGGCUGCUGAUGACUUCAAACUGAAGUAUGAGAAUGAGUUGGCUCUUCGGCAGAGUGUGGAGGCUGAUAUUAAUGGUUUGCGCAGAGUCCUGGAUGAGCUAACACUGUCUAAGUCUGACCUGGAAUCUCAGCUUGAGAGUCUGAAAGAGGAGCUAGCUUAUCUCAAGAAGAACCAUGAGGAGGAGCUUAAGGGUUCCCAAGGAAUUGCUGUGGGAGAAGUCAAUGUGGAAUUAAAUGCAGCUCCAGGUAUCGAUCUGUCCAAACUUCUGAAUGACAUGAGACAACAAUAUGAAGCCAUGGCUGAGAAGAACAGAAAGGAGGCUGAAGAACAGUUCAAUAAGAUGAGCGAAGGUUUGAAAAAAGAAAUAUCCACAGGAGUGGAACAAGUACAAUCAAGCAAGUCAGAGAUCUCUGAGCUCCGAAAAUCACUUCAAUCAUUAGAGAUUGAACUUCAGUCACAACUUGCUAUGAAAAACUCCCUGGAACAAACCUUAGCAGAGACAGAAGGUCGUUACUGUCAGCAAAUCUCACAGCUGCAGGCUCAGAUCUCUGCCAUAGAAGAGCAGUUGGAGCAGAUCAGAGGUGACAUAGAGUGUCAGACUUCAGAGUAUGAAUCACUUCUAGACAUCAAAACUAGGCUGGAGCAGGAGAUAGAGACAUACCGGAAACUGCUUGAGGGACUUGGAAAUACAGGACAAGGCAGUGGAGCCGGACAAGGUAGAGGAACAGGACAAGGCAGAGGUUCUGGACAAGCUACAAAAGAAUCAACAACUAGUUCACAAAGCAGCACUGGGUCACGUUCUACUACGCAGUAUAAAACAAUUGUUGAAGAAGUGGUUGAUGGAAAGGUCGUGUCCAGCAAAACAGUGUAUAAAAAUGCUUAAUCAUUCUGCUGAAGCAAAGUGGAAAAUGAGAGUGUUGUCAAAUCUACUUUUUUCUUCUUUUGUGCAUUUUUUUCUAAACUGACUGCAUAUUGCAAAAAUGUGAUUACUUAUAUACAUUUUCUUUACAAAAAAAGUAACAGACCACAAUAGUCAGCUAUCUGAGUAUAUAUUUUAAAUGGGAAACAUACAGCCUUAUGUGGUCAUUUUAUUCUGUAAUCUCAGCUGAUUACUUUGUUUUACUUGGCUUACUUAAUAAACUUUUUCUCUGAAGCAACGUA